GGGUGCGAGGGGCGGCGCGUGCCGUGGGGGCGCGGCUGGCACUGGAGCGGGGAGGCGGCGCCGGGCAUGGGCAGGGGACUCGGCGGCCCCAGCGCGGGGGCAGCGGGCGGCGAGGGCGGAGGCGGCCUCUAGCGCCCUGCCCGGCACCGCCUCCCUCCGCGCGCUCGCCCGCACGGCGGACAGACAGGCGGCGGACCGCGGCCUCAGGCUGAAGUUAUAGACCCUGCCUUCUCUGUGAAGGGACAACUUGUGGCAAGAGAAGCUCGGGAUCAAGAUACUGCUGUCACAGGGAAGUAAGAAGUGUCACUGAGAAGGAGCCGCCAAGCCGUGGAGCCCACUUUAGUUCUGAUUAUCACCUUAAAGGCAUUAAGUGCUCAAGUGAAAGAAAUCCUUUUGGCCCACUUGGGUCAGCAGUUUUCAAACUGCAGGUGAAUAUUAUUAACCGUAAUUGUGCAUCCAGUGACCUCCAUUUAGGAAGCUUGGAUGCCUGAUUGUGGCAGCAUUAAAAGCAGAUAAGCCCUGGGAGGCGCCUUUUUUUUCUUUUUUUUUUUUUUCUUUUCAAAUUUCUUUCCAUCAGAGUCACUUGACAGCUGAUUCCCUGCAAGGUAAACCAGAUGACAAGAGUGGAUCCUGGGGCUGUUGGCCUGUGUCUGCCUGGUUUUGAUGGACAUGGAUGGGCAGCCUCUUCCCUGGACAGACGUGGGCCUCAGCUGGGGGAACUGUGGGGCCAUAGCUCCUGACCACAAGCUGGGAGGUGUUGGGGAGGGGGCAGCUCAGCUGUGACCAGGGUGCCUUGGAGGGGGGAGGCAGGCUGGCUUCCUGAAUUGCCUGCUGAAUCACCUUUGCUAUGUGGGUUGAUGGAUAUGAUGGAUUGAGUCACUCCCAGCACCUUUUCUUUCUGUUGUACUCUCUAAGACCUAGGCACAGACAUGAGUUUUUAAGGUAGAUUUUUGUUUGGUUGGUUGGUUUCUGUUUUCUCUUCUUUUUCUAUCAUCACUGGGGCUUCACCACUCCUGGUUGAGUUUUCAAGACAGAGGGACCAAGAUGAGAGACAGAGGAAAAAGAUCACAGCACAGAAGCUUCCUUCAGUUACAGUCGGGGCCAGGCUGACACCUGGGGCAUGAGCAUGACAAAGCACGUACACUGUCCAGGUUCAUCCCUUGUCACUCUCAUCCUGUGCUCAGUGAAGAAUCCUCCCAAGUUCCUGGAGGCUCUGCCCCACUGUUCAUGGCAGAUGCAACACUGUAGGAUUUGCAAGCAAAGAUUUGGCAGUUUCCGCACCUGCUCUCUGGGGAUGUUGUCAUCUUCUGAAGAAGCCAGGCUAGCCCUGGUGAGGAACAAAGACCAAUCCGAAACUGGGGCCUGGCUGUGUGGCCAGCACCAUCUACUCAAGAUGGUGGACACAGAGAGUCCAAUUUGCCCCCUCUCCCCGCUCGAAGCUGAUGAUCUGGAAAGCCCAUUGUCUGAAGAAUUCUUACAAGAAAUGGGAACUAUCCAAGACAUUUCUCAGUCCCUUGGAGAAGACAGUUCUGGAAGCUUUACUUUCACUGAAUACCAGUAUUUAGGAAGUGGUCCAGGAUCAGAUGGAUCUGUUAUUACAGAUACCCUCUCACCAGCUUCCAGCCCCUCGUCAGUCACUUACCCUGUGCUUCCUGGGAGCAUGGACGAGCCUCCCAGCUUAGCGCUGAACAUUGAAUGCAGGAUCUGCGGGGACAAAGCCUCCGGUUACCACUAUGGGGUGCACGCAUGUGAAGGCUGCAAGGGCUUCUUUCGGCGAACUAUUCGACUAAAACUGGUUUAUGAUAAAUGUGAUCGUAGCUGCAAGAUUCAGAAAAAGAAUCGAAAUAAGUGCCAAUAUUGUCGUUUCCACAAGUGCCUUUCAGUUGGGAUGUCACAUAAUGCAAUCCGUUUUGGACGAAUGCCAAGGUCUGAAAAAGCAAAACUGAAAGCAGAGAUUCUCACCUGUGAGCAUGACAUCGAAGAUUCUGAGACCGCCGAUCUCAAAUCUCUGGCUAAGAGGAUUUAUGAGGCCUACCUAAAAAACUUCAACAUGAACAAGGUCAAAGCCCGGCUCAUCCUUGCAGGGAAAACUAGCAACAACCCACCUUUUGUCAUACAUGACAUGGAGACACUGUGUAUGGCCGAGAAGACACUGGUGGCCAAGUUGGUGGCCAAUGGCAUCCAGAACAAGGAGGCAGAAGUCCGCAUCUUCCACUGCUGCCAGUGCACAUCGGUGGAGACAGUCACGGAGGUCACCGAAUUCGCCAAGUCCAUCCCAGGCUUCGCAGACUUGGACUUGAAUGAUCAAGUCACUUUGCUGAAAUAUGGCGUGUAUGAGGCCAUAUUCGCCAUGCUAUCUUCUGUGAUGAACAAAGAUGGGAUGCUGGUGGCAUAUGGCAAUGGCUUUAUAACACGGGAGUUCCUGAAAAGCCUGAGAAAACCAUUUUGUGAUAUCAUGGAACCGAAGUUUGAUUUUGCGAUGAAAUUCAAUGCACUGGAACUGGACGAUAGUGAUAUUUCCCUUUUUGUGGCUGCUAUAAUUUGCUGUGGAGAUCGUCCUGGCCUCCUCAAUGUAGGGCACAUUGAGAAGAUGCAGGAGGGCAUCGUGCACGUGCUCAAGCUGCACCUGCAGAGCAACCACCCAGAUGACAUCUUCCUCUUCCCCAAACUUCUCCAGAAGCUAGCAGACCUGAGGCAGCUGGUCACGGAGCACGCCCAGCUCGUGCAGGUCAUCAAGAAGACAGAGUCAGACGCGGCCCUGCACCCGCUGCUACAAGAAAUCUACCGGGACAUGUACUGACCUCACAGCAGCGGACAAAAUGAGGACUUUUUGAGGUUCUUAAAGCAGACAUCACUACAAACAAGAAAUGGGAGCAACACAAGUCUACACACGUAUCCACCAGUUGAACCUUCAAGAGGGAUGCGUAUGCCCUGGAUAACCAAACCCUGAUUCCACAGUUCUUUUGUUAACCAGCCUAUCUGAGAGCAUGCAAAGGAUUGGAAUGUUGGCCAUAGGUCCUGAGUAGAUAAGGACUAAGAAAACUAAGGGGAAAGAGGUUCAUCUGCCUAAUUUUCACUUCGCCGUAUUAAGCAUUAGGAAUUUACCACAAACUUAACUGGUGACUUCAAAGUACAUGGUCUGUCUUCCCUUUCACCACCACUUUGACUGGUGUGCUCCUUUCUCACUUUGAAAACUAAAUCAUCACCUUUUAACUUUGAUAAGCCUAUACAUCUAAAUGUGUCCAAAGGUUAGUUUUUUUGUUUUUUUGUUUUUAAGCAGCAUGAUAUUUAUUCAGGAGACUUUGAUUCUAUUUUCUGAAUUGGCAGAAAGACAACACGUGGUUUUCUAAUCCCAGGAUUUCAGAUUUUAUAGUCAUGGAUAAGCUAUCAAAACCCAGUGGUUGUCUUGUUUUCAGUUCACUGUUCCCCACAGUCUAAGUUUCCAGGUUUUUUUUUUUUAGAAGAUCCUGGAAAACACCAUCUCCAAGGCACUGUGGACUUGCUCAUUGACUUGUUGACCAACUCUGAGAGCAUCAGCUUCCCAUUCCUCUCCUGUCUAUAUCUCCUCUCUGAUUUGAACCAACCAAGUCACACUGUUUGGGGGCCACAAUAGUGUUCUUAGGGGCAAACUGACAAAUAACAUUGCCACAAUUUCUCCAGGCCCCGUGAGUAAGGCAGCUCCUUUAUACUUUCCUAUGUUGCUUUUUAAAAUAUUAAGCUUUAUUUUUUAACUCUUGAUGGUAGCAGAUGCUCCACAGAGUAGGGGUGAUGAAGCUAAUGGGAGUUUAUAGGGUGACCUGGGAACCAAGCCACAGGAUAUCUUUCAAAUGGUAGUUUGUAUCCAUCUCAGGACUCAUAAUAGACCAACAGUUUCUACUGAGGAUUAGAUCACUGCAUCUCUUUCUCUGACUGUACAUGUAUAAGAGUUUUUCCAACACCUAAAAUCCUUCUCCGCCUUGAUUUCAUGGAGAGAAGCCAUGUGGAUUAUGGGUUUUGUCUAGAGCACAUGAACUGGAAAUGCACUCUCUUAGGAUCAUCAGAGAUAGAGUGUCCAUCAGGAAAUCUUCACCAUCCCUUCAGCCUGAGCGGGUCGAACCUGCUAGUUAAGACCCACCGGUCACAGAUGCCUCGCUGUGACCCAGCGGCCGUGAGCACACAGAUGACCUGGCUGUGUCAGUGGUUGCCCCAGUUCCUGUUUCUAGACCUGGCGCCAGAAGACCAUUACUGUUUGCUGUUAAAGAAUGGGUAGAAUACUAGUGACAAAGUUCCUAAGAUCAACUUAAUGGAAAUGCAACAGUAGAAAAGACGACAAAACUCUGGGACUUCAAGAAGAAAAAGAGCAAAAGUUACCACUAGGACAUCCCUUUUUAAGAUCAUACAGUUGGCGUUUCAUUAUUUUUAAUAAGAUAAUCUGAGGACCUGUUAGAGGCACCUGGAAGUCCUUCCCCCAAUCAAGAGGCCACCUGUAGCUCAGGAAGAGGCUGAAUUUUGACUCGUAUGGUACACAUUGUUCCAUCUUCCUUCCUGACUUCAGAAAUCCCAGACUGGAUGGGCCAGAGGACUGUGGAUUAUCUAAGAUCAUGGCAGCAGGAACUGGAUUCCAGUGUCCAUCCUAUGUUAUACCCCUGACCACAGACCUCUCCUCUGACCAAUGCCUUUCAAAUGGAUAUGGUCUUAGAAAGUCAGCCUCUAGAACUGGCCAUUCAGAAAAAGUCGUUCACUCAGAUUUAAAAAAACAAACAAACAAACAAACAAAAACGAAUUCAAGCCUAUUUCAUGUUUUUGGCACCAACAGUCAAGCUGAUAGAAGGCCCAGGCUCUACAUGAGCUGUAUCAAGGAGUGCUUGGUUCCUGGUACUUUGCAAAACCACCAGCCUCACUCACCCUGAGCGAAAUCAGAAAGGAGGCCACAGUCACCUCAGCUUGAAAAUCAUUGGCAUCACUCAUUUUAAUUUCUAGGAAGAAAGCCAUAUACUUCCUUUCACUGGAAAUGACAGAACCAUGCAUUGCCUCUUAACAGAAUACUUCGGGACCUCUAGUCAGAUUUUAAAUCGAGACCUAUUAUUUGCUAGUUAAGUAUACUAAGACAUGUCAACUAGGAACUAUUAAAAGUGCAUAUUUCUUGCUAGGUUUUGGGACAUGAGGCAUCAAAUACAGCCUCCCAGAUUCAAGGUCUUACUGGUGUAAGAAUGUUGUCACCCCCUGGCCCUGAAUCAGGACAAGGGCGGCCUUUCAUUCUCACCAUUUUGACCCACCCUUCACCAAAUCAUAGUUCUUCAUUUUCUCAACCUCUAGCAAAAAGUGACAAACUCCUCCAAGACCAGCAAUGACCCAGCAACCAGUGUCUCAGAUGCUGACAAGAAUGGAAGGACAGUAAGGUCACCUGAGACCUGCUGCCAGUUCUCCAAUGGGUCCACGGUCCUCUCCACCUGGACUCCCCUUCUGGGCAUCUCCAGUUGGCAUCCCAGCACUGAACUUGGCACCUACUGCCACAUGCCAUCCCAGUGAAGUCCAGAAUUCUCAGGAACAGUACGCUCCCAUCAGUGAGCACAGACUCAGAAGUUGUCCUUUCUUCCCUCCUUCCUCUCCAACUUCCCUCCAGCCUUCCUAUGGCUCUCUGAUGAGGGAAGUUCAAAGUUUUUCCCCAGAGAGUGUUUGUAAACAUGCAUAAUGAUGAGUAUGCAGUCGGGGAGGGGAAAAACUGGCACUCAGUGCCUUCAAGAGUACCUCCCAGAGGGGUCCCUGUUUUAAAGGGAUUCUUUUCAUUUUAAGAGCACAGAACGAAUCUUUCUGCUUGGACUAAUGAGUUUUAAUGCUGGGCCAUCUAAAGCCCCAAGGGAACAAGGCUCAAGGGCUUGUGUGGCUCCAGGGACAGGUCAGAGGCUGUGAUCUGGGCAGAAACUCAAGGCAAAGUAAUCCUUGUUGGAUAUAUGAUAGAUGAACUAUUAAUUUAGCAACUACUGUUUCCCCAAACCUACAGCAUAACAACUACCUCAAUAGAUAAAUCACAUGGCACUGUUAGUACUAAGGUACAUGAAACACAGGAUCUUUCUGGAGUACCUAUAGUCACAGCAUCUCUGACUGGGCUCACAGCUUGCACACCCAUCUUACUUGUCUGCACACUGAGAAAGGGAAGGUUAGAUGACUUUUCCAAGCAACAUUUAUUGUUUAAAAGGAGUCCUGAAGACAUUCACUGACAGAAGUUGCUGUCAGCCUGGGUGGGACUGAUCUUGAGGCCAGCAUGGGGACUCCCACCCUCUGCAUGGGUAAGGCUGUUCCCGGAGAACCUCUGCUAAGUGAGGAUGGAAAUCUGUGCCCUCAGGAAUGCUCAUGAGAUGUGACUUUCCAAGGCCUUGCUCUCUUCUGUUACCGCUGUGUUUGACCAAAAACAUUUCUGCUUCAUGCUCUCUUGUUCGACCACGGUGUUACCAGGCACAUUCGUUUGCCAACUGUCCUACAACAGAGUGGGUUCUGUCUUGACCCAGUGGCCACACCUGGAAUGUCUCAGGGCACUCCUAUUUAUUUAAAUCUGGCUCCAAUGAGCCCGGAGUGCCCAGCUGAGAUUGGACUGGCCCCAGCAUGGCUAUUUGUGGAGGGCUUCCAGAGACCCAGACAAACCAGCCACCCUCAAAGUAUCCCUUCAACCCAUGUGUCUAUUCAAAGUGCAGCUCCCACUGGGAGAAUACGCCAAGUGCUCACUCACAACUCCCCCUUCAAUUCUGAGCCUUGUGGUGGGGAAGGCCCAUUUUAAAGUGAACGAACCCAACAUGAGAAUGAAGAGUCGCCUGGGGGGUAGAGCCUGGCCCCACUUUUGCCGGCCACUUACAACCUGCUCCACUCAUAGCCUACGUCUAAUGCAUGGCCUGGCUGGUGUAUGUGUUCCUUGACAGUCACCUGAUGACCUUAUUCCUUUUCUUUUCCUUCUCUUCUCUUUCCCUCACAAUCACAACAGUGGUAUAGAUUCAAGGGAGGCUACUGUCCUGAAGAUCCACGCUACCACCAAUGACUUGCUGACUUUUUCUAAAGUAUCCAUAAAAGAGUUUGGCAGGGACCAGUUUCAUUGACACUGCCCUCUCUCGGUCUUUGUUCUUCUGAAUGUGGCCCAGCUUCGCUUAACUCAGUCCAAGCUGAUGCACGAGGCUGGUUUUGCCAACCAAGUCUUUGAAUGGAGCUGUCAAGUUAGGGACCCCUGACCUCAGUGGUGGUGGAGCCCAGCUUCCAACCCACCUGUGCAGCACUCUCAGCAUGCAUGUCCAUAACAGAUGCUGCAGAAAAUCAGCAGUCAGCAGGCGUUGAGGUACCAGCCUAGACUAUGCUCCCAGCACCUCAUGAGCCAAGGAGGGCUCCUGUGAUGCACUUCAACCAAGUGGCUUUUCUUGUCCUGAGUCCAAGGACUUCCCAGAGCAUGUGUUCCUUUGAAAGUCCUUCUGCCCAGAAAUAUAUAAGAUUAGGCUCCAAAGUUGCAAUCUAGGUUUUUGCUGAGAUGUAUAGCUUUGUUUGUUUGUUGUUUUUUGCCUGUUUGUUUUGUGGUUUGCUUUUGUGUGUGUGUGUGUGUGUCUGUGCCACUUUUAUAGAAUUCUGGAAAACAACCAUUGACAAUAGCUUUUUAAACACUAGAGUAUGAAUAAGGUAAUAUAUUUGGUCUGAAACAUCAUAUAGAAGAUCUAUUUCUCUGGGUACUACAAUAACAAACUAAAAUGUAAUCUUGAAAGUUUUGCAAGUUAAAAAAAAAAAAAGAACAAGCCUUUAUACUUUCCUCUGAGUAAUUACAUAAUAUUUCCAGUAUGUUCUUAUGAACUGCAGCAGGUUCUUAAGCUUUCUUUCAGAGUGGGCUGUAAACUUAAAAAACAAAAACAACAACAACAAAAAAACCAGCUUAUGAAAAUUGUGAGAGGAUCUGUCCUGAUUUCCACCUUGCAUUUUAUCAGCUCUGGGUGUCUUGGGCACAUUCUCCACUCUAGAAGGAGGCUAUUUUUGACCCUUUGUGUCACACAUUUUCAGUUUGAGACACGAGCAACAUAGGGACAUGAGGGGCAUAUACUUUGGUCCAGCUGAAAUACAGCCACAAUCUUUGGCAAUCCUUUGCAAAAAAAAAAAGAACAGACCAUAGUGUAUCUUUGCUAAAAGCCACAUCUUGGUUGCAGCACCGGAUGGCAUGAAGGACUGUAUAGAGACCCUGCUGUUAAAAGCAUUACUUGCAAACAACAAACAAAACCCCCUAAGAAUCAUCCACUUUUUGUUUUUACUCACAAAUAGAAAACUAAAACUUUUUUUCUCUGGAACAGGGAGCAUAUCAGCCUCUUCCUCUUCUGCCCUCCUACCCCACCCAACUUCUAAAAUCCAUUCAUAUUAUGUGACAAUACAGUGUCAUACAAGAUAGCCCACAAACCCUGGACAAGGAGUAAACUGGGAGGUGAGGAGCCACAAGGAGUGCACACUUUAGGCCCUUAAGAUAAAUGAAUUAAAAGAGCUUUUUAAGGUAAAAUCAUUCAUUUUUAAGAAAUGUCUUCUCUUUUUUUAAAGGCAUAGACAAUCCGCUCCUUUAUUAUUUUAUUUUAUUUUUUUAUUUUAUUCUGGCUCCAAGAAAAGAAUUUACCUCAUAAAAGAUAAAUAUUACUUAGUAUACUUCUUGGUAAGAUUACAGUAUUCCUAUUCAAAUAUCAUUUUUUCUAUACUUCAUGGGGGAAAAAAAAGAAAUAAUGUUAAUCUAUAUCUUAAAUAUUGUUUUGAGCUUCUUUUUUUAAAUCAUAACAUAUUCAGUAGUUUACUAACUUAAGAAUCAUGCAUCCAGUCAUAAACAUGUGGGUUCUUUUGAAAUCAGUGUUAACUGACAUGUACUCAAAUGUCUGGCUCUUGAACCUAUUGAAAACUCAAAGGAAGCUGAAACACCACAAAUCAUACAUCAAGGCUUUUCAUCUCUCUGGAGCCACACAUUAUUUAUUUCACUAUGCAAAUCUGUUCCCUUCAUGCUACUUCACACACCAGAAGCAAAAGCAAAACUAUCAUUUUACCAGCAAGGUUACCUGAGACCCUGUUACACGUCAGAUUCCACAGAGCUCACUAAUGACCACUACUAACUCUUCCUGUUUAGGAAGCAGCUCUCUGCUCUGCAGGGAAUUAGUACCUGUAGGUUAUUACCAAAGACCUGGGAGAUCUGAAAUAUUUUGAUGGGAAUGGUGUGCACUGGCUGGUUCUUUGGCAGCCUCCAGGUGACCUAGUAUGAAAUAUGAAACAGAAACCACAGACCACCUGAGUCUCCUACAUCUUGUUUUCUACAUCUUGGUAAAAAAAAAAAAAUCUUUGAUGUGUGUCUGCACUGUCCCUGGGAGACACAGUCCAUCAUGAGGAAACCCUACAGAAAGGCGUCUGAGCAGUUCCUGUCAGAAGGGCACAGAUUUCCAAAGCAAGGGCUGAGCACAGGUUCCUGACACACUUCCCUUGACUAUUUGGGGGCACCUUAUACCUUCGAAGUAUUUGGGGGCUGACAGACCCUCCUUUUUUUAUACUCACAGGAACAGUACCCAAGUAGAUGUCCAUAAUUAGGCUUCACUGUCCUCUUUCUCGGUAACAGAAGGGCAUCCAAGGCGUUAGAAGAAAUGUGUGCAGAGAGGAGCCAAUGUAAUCUCGCUAGUCACAUCAACUAAUAGUGGCUCCAGGCAAUUAGAAAAAGUCGACAAAAUAACUUCUAAUUGUUUUUUGAAAUCUUGGGUCUUAUUCAUUUUCCCACUAGGCGAUUGAACUGAUCACAUAUAUUGAUUUAUAUCCUGAAUUUAUGGGAACUUCUAUGUUGGAAUGUCCUACUGUAAGACUGAUGAAUGUAAGCAGCUAAUUUCAGGGUACAGUUUUGCCUUAAUGGUUUUAAAAAAUAAACUAUUUUUUAAAAUUA